UGUGUUUUAUCACACAGCGCUGUUAAAUCAGUCUAUUAAUGUGUCAGUAUGGGCUCCAGUGCACUGCCGCUCAUCUUGCUGAUGUCCCUCGUUCACUCCGGACUCAGUCAAGUGAAACCUGUAUUGACGGUGAUGCCAGAUCAGCGUGUGUUCAGUGGAGAGACAGUCACUCUCAUAUGUGACAUACAGGGAGGAGGAAACAUUCAGAGAUACAGCUGGAUGAAAGAUGGACAUACUGGCUAUCAAUAUACAACAACAGAUUACAGUUUCACAGCUGAUGUGUCUCUCAGCGGUAAAUACAGAUGUAGAGGAGAGAGAUCAGACUCACACACAGACUUCAGUGAUGGAGUUACACUGACUGUAUCAGAUAAACCAACUCUGACUGUAAAGCCCCAGAGUUCAGUGUUCACUGGAGACACAGUUACUCUCAGCUGUGACGUGGGAAGAUCAACUGGAUGGACGUUUCACUGGAGGAAAAACUCAAAGUGGGAAUCCGGUGAUUAUACAAGAACUAAAACUAUCAGUUCUGUGAGAGUCUCUGAUGAAGGACUAUACGGGUGUAGAGCACAGCGAGGAAACUACAAUACAUACCUCAGUAAUGCAAUACAGAUAACAGUGAGAGAGAGACCCAAACCUGUAGUGAAGGUGAAGCCUGAUGUCCGUGUGUUCAGAGGAGAGAGAGUCACUCUCACAUGUGACCUACAGGAGACAGGAGUCUGGACGUAUAGCUGGUAUAAAGAUCAAGAUAACAGCAGAAGAACAGACCAGAUCUAUCACAGCACAGGACAACACCAGAUCUAUAUAAUCACAUCUGUGGAUUCGUCUCAUGCUGGUCUGUACAGAUGUAGAGGAACUCUGACUGAAACCCAACAGCACUCAGAGAUCAGUGAUGGAGUUACACUGACAGUAUCAGAUCUACAGCCGAAGCCUGAACUCACAUCAGAUCCUGCAGGAGCUGCACUGACUGGAAACACAGUGACUUUGACCUGUCGCAUGAAUCUAACCAGAGACUGGGACAUUUACUGGUACAAACACACACUGAACCCCGAGACAGAGAAGACACAAACACAUUCCUACAGCCUGAAGAUUGAUUCAGUGUCUGAUGGAGGCCAGUACUGGUGUAGAGCUGGAAGAGGGAAACCAGUCUAUUACACACAAUACAGUGAUGCACUGUGGGUAAAUGUUACAGUGAGUCCUAAAGCUGUGGUGACGGUACGACCUGAUGAACGAGUGUUUAGAGGAGAAACAGUCACUCUCAGAUGUGAUAUAAAGUGGGCAGGAGACACAGACACUGAGUGGACAUACAGAUGGGAAAUAGAGGGAACCAACGACCGAAAUAAAAACACGGUCAGCCGAACCUCAACACAAGAGUUGAUCAUCAGCAGUGUCGAUCUCUCUCACAGCGGUAAAUACACCUGUACAGGACUGAUACACACUCUCAGCUCUCAGCGCAGUGAUGCUGUUACACUGACAGUCUCAGCUGAAGCUCAGGCAUCACUGCGAGUGUCUCCACAGCCGUGGCUGACUGAAGGAGAAUCAGUGACUCUGAUCUGUGAGGUUUCAGGCUCCUCUACAGGCUGGACGUUCAGCUGGUUCAGAGAUCAUGAUCAUCUGUCAGACAGCAGCAGAGGAGCUGGAGGAUCUUACACUCUCAGUCCUGCUGCUCUACAGCACACAGGAGUUUAUACGUGCAGAGCAGAGAGAGGACGACCAGCCUAUUACACACACAACAGCAGCUCACACACACUGUGGCUCACUGGUGUUUCUGCUUCAGUGUCUCUGGUCAUCGAUCCCAGCAGAAGUCAACACUUCUCAUCUCAGUCUCUCUCUCUGAGCUGUGUGGAUCAGAGUAACUCUGCUGGAUGGACAGUGAGAAGAUACACAGACACACACACACAAACCUGUGCCAAACAAACAGGAUCUCGAUGUGUAAUCGACUCUCUCAGCACAUCUGACUCUGGAGUGUACUGGUGUGAGUCUGAAUCUGGAGACAAACGCCGUCCUCGAAACAUCACUGUACACGACGGUGAGGUGAUUCUGGAGAGUUCUGUUGAUCCUGUGAUUGAGGGAGAGACUCUGACUCUACACUGUUUACAUCGAUCUACAAACUCCUCGAUCUCCAGCGCUGAUUUCUAUAAAGACGGAUCACUGAUCCAGAAUCAGACGACAGGAGAGAUGAGCAUCACUACUGUCUCAAAGUCACAUGAGGGUUUUUACUCCUGUAAAACAGAGAGAGGACAGUCUCUCCACAGCUGGAUCUCAGUCACUGAAGUCUUUAAUGAUCAGAUUUCUGUCUACAAAAUCCUCAGUUUUCUUCUGGCAGCUUCUCCGUAUCUGUUAGCGACAGUCGUGCUGCUUUUCAAAUGUUACAGAGCGAGAGUUUCAUCUGCUGAAGACCAAAGUCAGUACGCCGUAACAGAGGAAUAAACUUUUUGACAGAACUGAUUCUUGCGAUUGUAAUUUAAUGUGGAAUGUACAUUUGUGAUACAAACAAAGGCUAUUGGGGUAUUUUUGCAGAGAAUAAACGAGCCUGACGAAAGACUUUUUAUGUUUUCAUAAACGAGACCCUUAUCAUCUCCCUGUAAAUGCAAAAAUGCUCAUUUGAAAAUGGUGACGACAUGCGUAUGACGUGUUCAUUCUUUUGGCUUUUUUAAAUGAAAGGUUAAUUUCAACAGACUCAUUGAUGAUAGAUUUUUUCGAAGCCCUUGUGUUCAAAGGUUUUGACAUUUUCUUAAAGGAAGUAAAAGUGACUUUAUAUCAGAGGAGAUCAUUCUAAGAUUGGGAUUACAGUGAACAUUUCUGGCUUUAUGAAGAGGAAAUUUACCCAGAAGACAAAGUAAUACUACAGUAUUAUCAAGAUGAACAUCCUUAGAAUGGAAAUCGGACAAAACCAUGAUAGAUUCUAUAAUUUGUGUCUUUAGGCCUGUGUGCUCAGCUCGAGUGAACUACAGUAAAAUAAUGUGUGUGUGCA